AUGUCAACCAAGAGUGCUCAACAAAUCAAGCCUGCUGAACGGGUCUCUCAUUUUAGUAGAGAUGUAUGGUCUAUCUUUACCCCUCUUGCUUUAGAGACAAAGGCCAUCAAUUUGGGUCAAGGUUACAUGAACUUUGCUCCUCCUGCCAUUGUGCAAAAUGCUGCCAAAGAAGCUCUCGAAGUUGUCGAAGCCAAUCAAUACAGUCAUCCUCGCGGUCGUCCUAGAUUGAGAAACGCUUUGGCUGCUUCUUACAGCGAGCAAUUCAAUCGCAAGUUGGAUCCUGAGACCGAGAUUCUGGUCACAGCAGGUGCCAAUGAAGGCAUGUUUGCUACGUUUGCUGGAUUUCUGGAUGCUGGAGAUGAAGUGAUUUGUAUGGAGCCCUUCUUUGAUCAAUACAUUCCCAAUAUCACCAUGAACGGUGGCAAGCCUGUCUACGUUCCUCUUAGACCCCCUACAGAUGCUGCUGAUCGUGUCAUCUCAUCUCACGAGUGGAAAUUAGACAUUGAAGAACUCAAAUCCAAAGUGACACCCAAGACCAAGAUGAUUGUACUCAACACACCCCAUAAUCCCAUCGGUAAAGUAUUCGAUGAAGACGAGUUGCGUGCCAUUGGUCAGGUAGCGGAAGAGAACAACCUUGUCAUCUUGUCUGAUGAAGUCUAUGAUCGUCUCUACUACCCUCCUCUCAACAAAUUCCCACGCAUUGCCAACAUUGACAACCUCUGGGAACGCACAAUCACUGUUGGAUCAGGCGGUAAAUCUUUUGCUGCCACUGGAUGGCGUGUUGGAUGGUUGAUUGGCCCUGACCACUUGAUCAAGCACGCAUUUGCUGCUCAAACAAGAGUUGUUUUCUGCGUCAAUUCCCCUUGCCAAGAAGCCGUUGCUGCUGGCCUCGAGAAUGCCAUGACACAGCCCAUCUUCCAGAACCAGAUCGACCAGUACAUGCACAAAAAGUCCAUCCUGAGCAAGCUAUUUGAUGAGCUGAAUUUACCCUACACUAUGCCAGAGGGUGCUUACUAUAUCCUGGUCAAUACCAGCAAAAUCCAAAUCCCCAAGGACUUUGAGUUCCCCGAGAUCUUAAAUGAUCGUGGUGCUGAUUUCAAAAUGUGCUACUGGUUAACCAAGCAUAUCGGUGUCUGUGCUAUUCCUCCCUCUGAAUUCUACGAAAAGGAGCACUGGCCCUUGGCUGCUCACUUUGCUCGUUUUGCCUUCUGUAAGACCGACGAAGUCUUGGAACAAGCUGUAGAGCGUCUGAAGGAAUUGAAGACUUAUAUCAAGUAG